CUAUUUGUCCCUGCCACACAAUUCAGGUUUUGCAGCAUUUUUUGGGGAUCUGACAAGCGCAGGAUGUUACUCCUCCCAGGCAUUUGCAUUUCAUUCACUGCUUCAGAGGUGGAAAGUCAGUGCUCAGCUCGACCAGACAUCAAGACACCAAGAUAACAGCUUCAUUGUUCACCCUCUGUGGCCAGGCAUCCAAUGGCUUAUCCCUUGACAGACUGGCACAGCGGUCUCUUUGACUGCUUCGAGAGCACGAGCACUUGUUGCUACGGAUUCUGGUGCUGCCCUUGCCUCGCCUGCACGGUCGCGGGAAAGUAUGGAGAGAACCGCUGUCUCCCCCUGUGUGAUAUGUUCAGCCCUGCCAUAACAGCAGCCGUUGGGUUACCUCUGUGUGUCCCUCCUGCUGCCGUGACUCUGAGGGCUUCCAUCAGGGCCAGAUACGGCAUCAAGGGAUCCCUCUGUAAGGACAUAGCAGCGUCCUGCUUCUGUAUGUGGUGCUCCUGGUGUCAGAUGCAUCGCGAGUUGAAACACCGCAAGAAAAACCCCACGGUGGUCGUCAACAUGCAGCCCGCUCCGGUGAUGAUGGCGGCUCCGAGAAACCAGGCCGCCCCCGUCCUCGUGAGCAAUCAUGGGGUCAUCAUGACUUCGUAUUGAGACUUCUGGCUGCUCAUUUAUUCCGAUCCGAUCAUACUGCUGUCUGUAAUCACUUUUGAAUCAUCUCCGGUGUAUGCUGGGAUUAUUAUCUGUUUCUAGUAAUCAGGGCCUCUAUAAUAAUAAUUAUGAUAAUGACAGUACUUGUUUUUUAUGACUGGGGUCAACUGUUUCCUUGUUAGUACAAAUUCAGGGUUCCCACAAAGUAAUCAUUCCCAGGACAUUUUCCAUUUUUUCCCGGUCAUAUAAGUUAACACCAGUUUUAUUCUUCCUCUUUUUUUAAUGAUGCAGGGUUCAAGAUUAAGUGUCUCAAUUACAGGUGAUAGCCACACCCAUCACUGCUAACUGUACAAUAAAGUCGACUGACCUCUCUUUGAUAGUCAUAAACAUGUUUUUGUUUUACAAAGCUCAAAUAAACACCAUCAUGUUCUGUCACACUU